UCUCUCUCCUUCCUCCACAAGUGUCACCAGCGGAAGAGGGGCUGGGAGCCUGCUGCCUUCAGCUCAUGCCACCCAGCAAGCAGCAACUGAAGCAGCAGCAGGUAGAGCUGGCCAGACUCAUGGCAUCUCCCAACUCAGGCCUGACGAGCAACUUGCAGGGCUACUCUGGAAGGGUUGUGGCCCUGAGGGGGCAGAGCCUGGACAACAAUGAGGUGGAUGGGGCUGGCAGAAGGGAGCUGGCGCUGCAGGUCGGGGACAGCGGGGAGAGCGAUGAAGAUCCUGACCCAGCUGAGGACCUGCUGGUGACCUCUGCGACAGAGCUGUCUGUGCUGGAGAGACUGGGCCUGCACAGAGUGGCUUUGACUGAGCAGGACGUGGAGGCAGCAUUUGCACACUUGGCCUUAGCUUUCCGCUGCGACAUGUUCACGCUGCGCCGGCGGGUGCAGGUGGAGGAGCGGGCGCGCGAUGUGGCGGAGGAAAACAUCCAGCAGGAGCUGGAGGAGUGCCGGGCGGCCGUGCAGAAGCUGGGCCUCUCAUGUCUAGACCCCAAGCGCAAGGAGGUGGUGGAGCAGUUGCAGCUCAGCCUGACGGUGCUGGCGGGGGCCAUCGAGCGGGCCAUGGGUGCGGCGGAGAAGCUUGGAGCCGUCCAUCAGGAGGCACGGAUGAGCCGGGCAACGGACGUGAUGGUGCAGCACGUGGAGAACCUGAAGAGGCAUCACUUGCGGGAGCACGCGGAGCUGGAGGAGAUGAAGCGGCUGAUCCAGCAGAACUCCCGCAACCGGCAGCUGGCCGAGAACAGGGACGAUGCAGAGCAGAGGCUGAGGCAUCCCCUGAUGAGGACGUUCCAGCAGGUGUCGGCUCGCCGAAGAGUCAGCAUCGCCGUCAUCCCCAAGCAGCUGCUGCACGUUCAAAGCCAAGAAAACGGGCAAGCACCCAAGGAUGAGGCAGGGAAGCUGGGAGGGGAGAGCACCCUGAGUGCAGAGAGGCAACGCUGCUGCCUCCAGGAGGACUCCACCGACGAGUGCUUCAUCCUGCACGUCAGCCCCUCCAGCUCCUUGCAUCAAAGCCUGGAGGGCAUGGACAGCGCUCAGCCUCAGGGGGCAGGAGCCCCCCGUGCCGAAGGGAGCGAGCCUGAGCUGCGGAGAAGAAGAAGUGCCGGCCAGAGCAUGAAGCAGGAGCCCAGCAAGGAGUCGGACAGUGGGGGGCUGAGCGAGGAGCUGGAGCAGCUCAGUCUGAUGUCCAGAGGGUCCAGGAAGGAGCUUUGCAGGCUGUGGAUCUGUCUGCCCCAGUACUACUGGGUUUUCAUCUGGCUGCUUUUCCUGGGGAUUGCAUGCCUGGUUCUGAUCCGGAUUCUGGAGCUGCAGAAGCAACAGCAGGCAGUGAGCCCCAAAUCCUAGCACAAAGGAGCAGGAGGAUGAGAGCGACACGCGUCAGACUUGGCACUGCUGGUGCCCCUUCCCUGCUUAAUUUA